AUGCAUUUCGCCGGUGUCCUCGCCAUCUCGGCUUCCCUCGUUGCUGUCGCCUACGCCAACGACCCUCUUGCCUUCACGGCUUGGCCCAAGGAUAUCCAGGCUGGAAAGCCUGUCACUCUGACCUGGGCUGGUGGUGCUACUGACCAGCCCGUCACUCUCACCCUCCGGAAAGGAACCUCAACCAACCUGCAGGAUGUCGAGAUCAUCACCGCUCAGGCCAAGGAUGGCACCUUCACCUGGACCCCCGGUGACAAUGUCAAGAGUGGAGAGAACUAUGCCUUCCAGAUCACCCAGGGCGGCGAACGCAACUACUCUGCUCUUCUUAAGGCUGGACCCGCCGUCAAAGCCGUGUCAGCUUCGCAGUCUUCACAGACAAACACUGCGACUGGUACCAAUACCAACUCCGCUCAAACCAGCAGCACUAGCAGCAGCUCCAGUACUAGCAGUGGCACUACUGCCACGCAAGCCUUUGCCACCACAAGCAAGCCCUUGAUCAGCUCGUCAGCUGCCGCUACUCCAUCCAGCAGCCCGGUUUCCUCAACUACAGUCACCAAUUCCGUCACUGCUGCUGAACCCUUCGAGACCAGCAACAUCAAGAAUGGCAAGAAGGCCUCUGCCACCAGCAGCGUUCAAGAUGGCGGCGCUUCAUCUCUCCAGUCCUACUCACAACUCUUCAUGGGUGCCCUGGGCAUGCUUGUGUAUCUCGUUCAGUAA